AGCGUUUUGCCGUUUUAACUGUAAAUUGACAUAAUAGCAUAAUAGUCCUGUUGGGUGUGCUUUUGACCGGCAAUUGAUUGAUAACAGCCUCACAUCCCGCUAUCAGCGAGCCACACUCCACGCACGCGAUCCCCACCAGAACGCCGCGCACGCAAUUCCAGGAGAAAUGUCUGCAGUCAUUCGGACAAAGCCCUUUUGCGCCACGCGCACAUGCAACGUUGGCUUUCGGCGCGGGGUCCGCGUGGUUGCCAUGGCACGUGUCCACCCUCAGACGCUAGCGUCUACUGCUGCCGCUGCUGUCGCUGCCAGCGCAUUGUUGCUAGCUCCUCAAGUCUCCUACGCCGCUGGUAUUGAAAGCGUCGAGCUGUCUCCCGCAAGCUUCCUAAGCAAGCCGGCCGGCCCCACCAGGGCUGCCGAGCAGCAAAGGGAGAAGCUCGCGCAAGCGGAUGAGGCCUUCCAAAACAGCAGUACCUUGAAGGAGCUCUUGGCUAAAAGCGAGGCCAACAAAGCCAAGAACCGCAAAGACAUCCAGAACAAGUACUGCUACCGCCAAGCCGAGCUGGGUGUGGGUGACUGCGGCGGGCUGCGCUACAUCCCCGGACUCACGGAGAGCGGCAAGCAGAAGACACCCAAGUGGCUGGCUGACCUGCUCGGCGUGGAGAGCCAGGAGACCAGCGGCGGUCCGGCGGAGGGCAGGACGCUUAAAGAGCUCAUUGAGAACGGCAGCGGCGGCAGCAAGUAGCAUGCGUGUUUACAGGAGUGGAUAGCCCCUGGCAUGUCGGGCCUCUAGAGCGCUGCUUGGGCGGACCGGCUGCGUUCAAGAUCUGCUACCUUUCCAGCUACCCAUGCGGAUAAUGCAUGAUUGUAAGAACCGCAACCACCA